AUGAUCUAUCAAUCGCCGUUUCCGGCGCCGCCGACGCCGCGGGAUGUGUCGAUUUCGCAGUUUCUGGUGCGCACCAACCCGGAUGACGUGCCGGCCGACAAGCCGACCAUCUGCGACUUUGAGAACCCGAGCCACAAGUUGACGUAUGGCGAACUGCGGACGCGGGCGGCGCAGGGUGCGGCCACACUCCGCACGGCGCACGGCAUGAAGGAGGGCGACGUGGUGUGUCUGUUUGGGCACAACUCGGUCAACUGGAUGCUGUUGUGCCACUGUGUGCUCUGGGGCGGCGGCUGUUUUGCGGCGAUCAACGCACUGGCGACGCCGUACGAGCUGCUGCACUACUUUUCGAUUGCCAAGCCGAGCAUCAUUGCGGUCGACGCGGCACUCCUCCCGAAGGUGCAAAAGGCGCUGGCAGACGCCCCCAAGACGCCGAGCCGUGUGGCGCCCAGGAUCAUCGUCAUUGAAGACGGGCAACACGGUCAGUUGCCGGCACCCUUGGCAGCUCUACCCAAGUUCCCGCGCGACUUCAUCCGGUUCCAGCACCAGUCGGUGGCAGCGUACGACCUGGGCGGGCGCGACAACAGCACCGUCAUGGCCGGCAUGUGCUUCAGCUCGGGCACGUCGGGCAAGCCCAAGGGCGUGAUGCUGUCGCACCACACGCUCAUCGCGCAGCUGCUGAGCUCGCGCGCGACCAACCCGUUUAUCAACAACGCGCACGUCAACGAAGUGUUUUACCCGCCGUUCGGCCACAUCUACGGCAUGGUAGCGUGCGUGCUGUUCUCGGCGUGGGUCGGGCACUACGUGGUGGCGAUGAAACGGUUUGACUUUUUGCCGUACCUGCAGCGGUGCGCCGACAUUCGGGCGUCGGUGCUGCGGCUGGUGCCAGCCACGGCGACGCGCAUGACCAAGGACCCGGCCGUGCGGGCGCUGGACCUGACGAGCGUGCGCACGGUCAUGGUGGCGGGCGCGGCGCUGUCGUCGGACACGGUGCGCACGCUGCAGCGGGACCUGCUGGACCCGCAGGCGGUGGUGCUCAACGGCUACGGCAUGACGGAGGUGACCAUUGCGAUGCUGCGCGAGACGCAGAGCCACCGUGCGGGCAGCCUGGGGCGCGUUGCGGCGGGCACGGAGAUGCGGAUCGUCGACGACGCCUUCGAGGACGUGCCGCACGGCACGGACGGGCAGUGUCUGGUGCGCGGGCCGACGAUGUUCAUGGGCUACAAGGACAACGUGGCCGAGACGGAGGGCUCGUUCUACACGGACCCCGCGACGGGCGACCGGUGGUUCUGCACGGGCGACGUGGUGCAGAUGGACGACGACGGGUUCCUGUGGAUGACAGGCCGCAAGAAGGAGCUGAUCAAGUUCCGGGGCAACCAGGUGCCGCCAGCCGAGCUCGAGGCGGUUCUGCUGGAGCACCCGCUGGUGACGGACGCAGGCGUGUGCGGCGUGUUUGACAAGGCGCUGGACACGGAGGUGCCCGUGGGUGCGGUGACGCUCGCCCCGUCGGUGGCGGCCGCGGAUCGACCCGCCGUUCUCAAGGAGGUUCGGGCGUUUAUGGACGACAGGGUGUCGCCGUACAAGAAGCUGCGGGGUGGCCUGUUCCAUCUUGACGUACUGCCCAAGGGCACGACGGGCAAGCUACAACGGCGGGACAUUCUGGCUGCUCUUGCGGCGGUGCAAGACAAGGCGAAGUUGUAA